GCUACCAUCCCUCCUUCCGUCUGAGUGGGAGAAAGAGUGAAAGUGAGAGUAUGGAAGCUACUUCAUUCCCUCGACUAUGCUCCUUUCUCGUAGCUGGUUUAAUCAUAUUGGUAUUCACACGCUCUUUCAUUAAUUUUGACAAGUCCGACCUCCGAAUCAAAGGCGCUUCUAAUCUUUUCCUCAACAACCAAAAGCAAACGCUCAAUUCCCAUGACCAUGAAGCCCAAAUCCCUCACCACCCUCUUGACCCACUCACCAUCAAAGAGAUCAACACCGUCCGUUCCAUCCUCUUAUCAUACAAACCCUUCUCGUCCUCCUUCCCAUCCAUCCAUUCCUUAGUCCUCGAAGAGCCCGCCAAAUCCGACGUCGUGAAUUGGAAGAAAGGGGAUAAACUCCUACCGAGACUCGCCUCCGUGAUCGCCUUCUUGAAAGGCCGGUCUCAUCAACUAACCGUAGAUCUGGGGUCUGGUAUGGUCACUCGCCAUGAGAUCAGCCACGCCUCUGGUUACCCCGUCUACACCAGCGAAGACAUGGACGGCGCCCUGAAGACCCCAUUCACCGAGAUCGAGUUCAAUCGGACCGUCCUUGCCCGAGGAAUCGCGUUGUCCGAUGUGACAUGCAUCCCCCUUCCGAGCGGUUGGUUCGGUCCCAAGGAGGAAGGCCGCCGGCUCAUCAAAGUCCAGUGCUUCUCAACUGAGGGCACUUGCAAUUUCUACAUGAGACCAAUCGAAGGUCUGACCAUAGUCGUCGAUGUAGACCGGAAAAAGGUCGUCGAGAUCGUCAACGUCGGCUACGGUAUCCCGCUACCCAAGGCCAAAAAUACUGAUUUCCGGCACUCGGACCAAAACAAACCACCUGAGAUGCUCCCCAUCAAUCCAAUUUCCAUGGAGCAGCCCAAGGGUCCCAGCUUCCACAUCGAGAACGAUUACAUGAUCAAGUGGGCUAAUUGGGAGUUCCACCUCAAGCCCGACCCACGAGCCGGUGUCAUCAUAUCCCAAGCCAAGGUUCAGGAUUCCGAGACCGGCAAGUAUAGACGUGUCAUGUACAAAGGCUUUUCAUCGGAGCUUUUCGUUCCAUACAUGGAUCCGGCAGAAGGUUGGUAUUUCAAAACCUACAUGGACGCCGGUGAGUACGGGUUCGGAUUGACGGCAAUGCCACUCGAUCCGCUCAACGACUGCCCCAGCAAUUCUCAGUACAUGGACGCUGUCUUUGCUGCAGCAGAUGGGAAGCCGUAUGUCCGGAAGAACAUGAUCUGUAUCUUCGAACGAUAUGCCGGAGACAUCAGUUGGCGUCAUGCUGAAAGUCAGAUCACCGGAAUUAAGCUACGGGAAGCGAGGCCAAAGGUGACGCUCGUGGCUCGUAUGGUUGCAUCUGUUGGGAACUACGACUACAUCGUGGACUGGGAGUUCCAAAUGGACGGUUUGAUUCGCAUCAAGGUUGCUCUGACCGGGAUGCUAAUGGUGAAAGGAACUGCAUAUGAGAACAUGAAUGAGGUGCCCGAACAAACGGACAUGCAUGGCACAUUGGUUUCUGAGAACGUCAUCGGCAUCAUCCACGAUCAUUUCAUCACAUUCCACCUUGACAUGGACAUCGACAACUCCAACAACUCCUUCGUCAAGGUCCAUAUGGAGAAGCAAGAGACAAGGCCUGGUGAAUCGCCGCGGAAGAGCUACUUCAGCGCCAAGCGACACGUGGCUAAGACGGAGAAAGACGCCCAAAUCAAGUUCAAGCUCUAUGAUCCGUCAGAAUUCCACGUUGUCAAUCCCUCAAAAGACUAUAGCUUGGGCAAUCCGGCAGGGUACAAGGUCGUCGCUGGAGGCAACGCCGCUAGCUUGCUUGAUCUUGACGAUCCACCACAAGUUCGUAGCGCGUUCACCAAUAAUCAGAUAUGGGUGACACCAUACAACCGAAGUGAGCAAUGGGCUGGUGGGCUUUUUGCAUGUCAGAGCAAAGGAGAAGACACUCUAGCUGUUUGGUCUGAGAGGAACCGUCCGAUCGAGAACCAAGACAUUGUGUUAUGGUAUACGUUGGGAUUCCACCACAUACCAUGUCAGGAGGAUUUCCCAAUCAUGCCCACCGUAGUAUCAAGCUUUGAUCUGAAACCGGUCAAUUUCUUUCAGAGGAAUCCUAUCGUUGGGUUGGCCCCCAACACUGAGAAAGACCUACCUGUUUGUGGGGCAGUCGCUUCUUCUUGAAUGACUCUGUUUCCAUCUUUCCAUACACGUGUGCAUAUGUUCCUUCGUAUGUAUGCCUUUACGAUUGAAUUAUGUAAGUGUGUAUUAGUUUUGUUACCA